CACCCUUCUGCACUGGGUUGUCUUGCAGCUUUUGAAAUGAACAGGAAGGAAGAUCAAAUGAGACCCACAGCACAGGAAGAGGUGAGUAGCAUUUUUUAAUUUAUUUAAAAAAGAAUGAGACGGAAAGAAAGCAGCUCAACUGAAACAGCAGCAGCGACAGCAAUACAGAGACAAGGAAAUCCGUAGUUAUCUGUGUGGCUCAGUCUUCUUUAUAAUUCUACUUUCCUUGAACCGAGGGGCGUUCAAAAGAGGCUAAAAUUCGUCUUUGCCUUAUGCAAACUGCAAAAUGUUCGGAAGGAAUCCUAAUAGAUAGAAGGUCUUAUUGGAAACGGCACGUACUCUUUCGAUUCAGGCCAUCAAGACAAGUGCAUUCAAGUUACCCAGGAAGUAUCCUGGUUCUGACAAGGUAACUUUGAAGCAGGUUGCAGCGGCCUUUGUUGGCAGGCUCAAAAUGUGGCAUCUGCCUUAACAGAAAACCCCAGGGAGUCUGCAAGAAAUGGAGGCAUUAAAAAAACAUAUUUAUGAAUUUAUAAGAGUACAAAAUACAGAACUGAAGAAUAAAAAAGAAAAAAUUGAAAGAAAAGGAAGGGGGAAAAGGAAAAAAAUUACAUCAAUCCAUAAUUCUAUUCCACCGACUUCCCUUCCAUCCUUCCAUGGCUUCCUAAAGUUUCCCAUUCCUGCUGCAUUUGUGGAGAAGUAAUCACAGUGAUGGAUGAGUUUGAGUUUGGAUUUGAUAUCCUGCUUUAUCAUUACCCGAAAGAGUCUCAAAGCGGCUAACAUUCUCCUUUCCCUUCCUCCCCCACAACAAACACUCUGUGAGGUACUUAGAUUGCAAGCCAUUCACGAAGAGUCGGACAUGGCUAAACGACUAAACAACAACAAAUAACCAUGGAGAAAGGCUAGCCCAGGGAAUCUCCCCAAGCAGCAUGGACAGAGCAGGGUGAAGUAGAAUCUCUCACCUGCAUCCCCCACGCGGCGCAGGUGCUCGUUCAGGUGCUCCAGAGCAAACCCCCGAUGGAUGAGCUGAUGGUGCAAAAACAUAUGGAGACUCUGCAGAGCUGGUGUGGCACAAGCACAGGAGGGGCCUCCUUGGAGAGGCUGACUGAUCUCCUCCUGGUGGAAGGGCUGACCGAUCUCCAGCAGAAGCAACAUGAUUUUGUACAGAUUGAAACAAUCAAAGGCAUGAGGAACGUCUCCAAGAAGAUUCCCUUGGAGAAACUCUUCCUGCCUUUGUCCAAAUUUACCAUCCCCCCGCGAAUUUUGGUGACCAUUGGAGUUGCCGGCAUUGGCAAGAGCACUUUGGUCAAGCUGUUUGUCCACACCUGGGCAAAGGGAGAGAUUGGCAAGGAUUUUACGUUUGUCUUGCCUCUCACCUUCCGGGAACUGAAUGCUUACGACAAGCUCUCUGCAGAGAAGCUGAUCCGGCUGGCAACCCCCCAGUUAGCUGAGCCGAGCUUUCUCUCCAUCGACACGGCCAAGACUCUCCUCAUCCUGGAUGGUCUGGAUCAGUUUAAAACUCUGCUGGAUUUCUCCAAUGCCGUCGUUUGCACAGACCUCCGAAAGGAGGUCCAGGUGGAUAACUUGAUCACCAACAUCAUCCGAGGCAAUCUGUUGCAAGAGGUUUCUGUCUGGAUCACCUCGCGGCCAACGGCAACCACGCAGAUCCCGGGCGGUCUUGUGGACCGGAUGACUGAAGUGCAGGGUUUUGGAGAUGCAGAGAUCAAAGACCAUUUAGAUCACAUGUUUGCUGAGAACCAGGGCUUAUCCGAUGGUGUGUUGCGGCAUCUCAAGGCAAGCAGGUCUUUGUACAUCCUGUGCACAGUGCCAGCUUUCUGCCAGACGUGUGGGUCCUCCAUGGGGUACUUUCUAAGGAGCGCCGAUCAAUCUCCAGAAGCAUUGACUGCUCCUAAAACUUUGUCGGAAAUCUAUUCCUGUUACUUUAAAAUGGCGCUGUGUAGCGACUGGCCAGGGAAACAGAAGGAAGCCCUCAAAAUAGACCAGCUGCUGAACAAUGGCAAGAAAAUGAUGAACUGCCUAGGCCGCUUGGCAUUUUACAGCCUAAUCAAGAGGAAAUACAUGUUCCAUGAGCAGGACAUGAAAGCCUAUGGCGUAGACCUCUCUUCUCUCCAAGUUAGCUUGUGCAAUAGGCUCUUGCUUAAGGAAGAGACUCCAUUUUCCACCAUUUACUACUUCCCCCACUUAACAUUUCAAGAAUUCCUGGCAGCCACCUAUUAUUACACUGCUGCAAAGCGGGCUCUUUUUGACCUCUUUGUGGAGAGUGGCAUGUCCUGGCCAAAGUUUGGCUUCCUCAACCACUUUAAAAACGCCCUCCAAAGAUCUCUGCAGUCUGAGGACGGGCACCUGGACGUCUUUGUGCGCUUCCUCUCAGGCCUCCUCGCCCCACAGGUGAACAAAGUCCUGUCCGAUUGGUUCUUGGCGAGGGACGAGCACCACGGUUACCGGAGUCACGUGGUUGGCCUCCUGCAGAACCUCCUGGGAGCAGACCAAGCCGUCUCCUGUGGGUCCAUCAACCUCAUGCGGUGUUUACAUGAGAUUCAGCAUGUGGACGUUGUCGCGAGCCUCGAAGAGGCAAUGAAGAGCGAGGCCCUGGCUGGGAUGUUGACGCCGGUCAACUGCUCUGCCUUGGCUUAUCUCCUGCAGACCUCGGAGGUUUGUGUGGAAGAGGCAAACCUCUCCAACUGCCUCACCUACCAUGCUUUCCAGAGCCUUCUCUCUCAGCUCCUCUACUGCAAUAAUCUCAGGCUAGACUACAACCAGUUUAAAGACAGUGCUAUGGACCUGCUGGGCAGUGUGCUGAGCGGAAAGGACUGCCAGAUUCAGAAAAUAAGCUUGGUGGAAAACAAGAUUGGUGACAAAGGUGCUAAAGCUCUUGCCCGGUCCUUGAUGGUCAACAGGAGCCUGAUGGCGCUGGAUCUUCGUAGUAAUUCCAUAGGACCCAAAGGAGCGAAGGCCCUUGCUGACUCGCUGAAAAUCAACCAGUACUUGCUUUCUCUCAACCUCCAGAACAACGCCAUCAAGGAAGAAGGUGCCAAAUGCCUGGCCGAGGCUCUCACCAGCAACCACAGCCUGAGGACUCUGCACCUCCAGAAGAACUCUGUUGGACCCCAAGGUUCAAAGAAAAUAGCAGAAGCACUGAAGACUAACUGGGGCCUCAAGGAGCUGAUAUUGUCCAGUAACUGUGCUGGAGACACUGGUGCUGCAGCCCUGGCAGAAGGACUGAAGGUGAACCACACCCUUUUAACCCUGGAUCUCCAGAGCAAUUCAAUCAGCGACACAGGGGUGACUGCGCUCACUCGAGCCCUUUGCUCUAACCAAGGCCUCACCAGCCUCAACCUGCGGGAGAACUCUAUAAGCAAAGACGGAGCUCAAGAGAUUGCCAGUGCCCUUCGAGCUAACAGCACCCUGAGGAACUUGGACUUGGCUGCCAACCUGCUGCAUGACGAAGGCGUCCAGGCCAUUGCGCUGGCAUUGAAGGAGAACCAAGCGCUCACUUCCCUGCACUUGCAGUGGAAUUUCAUCCAGUUCAAAGCAGCCAAGGCCUUGAGCCAAGCCUUGCAGGUCAAUGAGAGUCUCUCUAUCUUGGAUUUACAGGAAAAUGCAAUUGGGGACGAAGGAACAGCUGCCCUGGCUUCUGCUCUGAGGGUGAACUCAACACUCACUGCGCUCUACCUCCAGGUGGCGCUGAUAGGCGAGAGUGGAGCCAAAGCUCUAGGAGAUGCCCUGGUUCUUAACAAGAGCCUUGCGACACUAGACUUGAGAGGAAAUGCCAUCGGUUUGGCAGGGGCAAAGGCAAUGGCCAAUGCCUUGAAAGUUAACGGCACCCUCCGCAGGCUGAACCUCCAAGAGAACUCCCUAGGCAUGGAUGGAGCGAUCUGCAUUGCCACAGCUCUGACUGGAAGCCACAGCCUCACCUACAUCAACUUACAGGGAAACAAAAUAGGUGAAUCGGGAGCCAAGGUGAUUGCUGAUGCCAUCCGUACAAAUGCCCCCAGCUGCAUUGUGGAGAUGUGAAAGAGAAACUUCCCUGGAGGAGGUGCUCUGGGAUCCCAGACAUCCUGCGCCCUGGAGACAUGCCCCUUCCUCACAAAUGGCUCACUGACAAGGAUGCUGCGCAAAGGGAGAUCACCAGGGAGUGAAAGGAUGCUGCAAUGGAUGGUACUAAGUGGGGAUGUGGCCUGAGCCGAAGGCAGUUGUGGAAGAGGACGACAAACCUUGUGAUUUCCAUUCUGGACAUUUGUUCCUGCUGGUGAAGGUGGUUCGGUGCUUCAGACAUUUUGUGGGUGGAUCUGCAGCAGUGGUUUGUGCCUUCCUGAUAAAC